AUGAUACUUCCCAGUUUUUUGGGUAAACCCUCGCAGGGUAGCGGUCCAUCGGCGGAUGUCUGCGCGUCCGAUAUCACCGUGCGAGAUGGCAUAUGUGUCUCCGUUGCGGGUAAUAGCGGUGACUUUAUGGCUUCAGAUUGUUCGGAGGUCGAUGUGUUGCGUGAAUUUUAUAUAUCUCGUUUAACAGAGGUCGCAAACAAAGAACCAAACAGUUGCAAUGUAUGUGAUCGUUGCAGUUCAGCCCUAGACAGCACACCUUCUAGUGCCAAGGCAAGUGACCAAGAUGUUAAUAAUGCCGUGGCGGAUUGUACAGUGUCGGCGGGAUACGGUGGAAGGUUACCGGUGAUCGACCGUGAGGCGUUGUCUAAUAUGGCCGCUUUGAAUGUUCAAUUGGAGGAAUACUAUCGCAUAGUAAAUGAGGAAGGUAACGGUAUCAAUGGGUUGAACACAGAUGACCCUUUAUCUAGAAUAUACCUGUCAUGUUCAAGUACAUGGCCACGGCCGUCGGAGCUACUCGGCAUUAACGAUGCGGAAGGUGACAUUGCCGAAGCGCUUGAGGCCUUAGAUCGACGAGAUAUGUUGUGCCGAAAGAUACUGGAGGUCCAACAUUGCUAUCUGAUGGCGCUAAUUGGUACCGGUGGCCAAUCUGUGAGAGAAGUCGCAAACCUAUCGCCGUCAUUUGUUCCUCGUUUGAAGGGAUCCGAUGUUUCCAAAAGCGGAACUAUCCCAUCCCGAUCUAUAGGAGAAACAAGUUCAGAUUUACAGUCUGACGGCGAAGAAGUACGCCGUCUUAGAAGGAUGGUCGAACUUUACAAGAACGAGUUAUCGCGUCUCUACGACUGCUGA